CCCUCGAAUCCAACGGCCAAGAGCUUCGCUUCUCGAUCUUACUCGGUCCAUCAUUUAUAAACCCUCCUCACAAACUCACAUAGUAGCCCAAUACCACAAGCAACCACCUGUUUCUCUCCUCUCUCGUCGUCUCAAUCUCUAGAAGAAGCAUUUGCUCGGUAAGCAAUUUUUCCCAAAUAUUCAUCGGCUCCUUUUUACUUGCAAUUUUAGGGCUUGUGAUCGAGUUCCCUAACAUUUUGAUAUCAGAAGGAUAAUCAACUCCAAUGGCGUCAAGGAUGGCUGCAAGGUUUGUUACUCGGAGGCUGUCAAGCAGUGGAAAAGUGCUUAGCGAGGAGGAAAGAGCUGCAGAGACUGUUUAUAUUAAGAAAAUCGAGCAAGAGAAGCUGGCGAAGCUUGCGCGUAAAGGCCCUAAACCGGAAGAGAACCCAACUGCAAGCUCAGAGGGCUCGAUAUCUGAUGCCAAACCAAGUGGCUCUACCUCUGGAGAAUCAACUGCCAAGGUAUCCACUGACAAGUACCGGAAUUAUGCAGUUGUAGCAGGUGUUAUAACUAUUGGUGCUGCUGCAGGUUGGUAUCUCAAAUCUAGUGGAAAGAAACAAGAAGUGCAGGACUGAGAUUAGUGUGCUUUGGUAUGAACAAUUGAAGCAUCAAUUGUCAUAACACUUUCUGGUUAGCAUAGAAAUAAAUCAAACUACGAACCGUCUUUGUUUCUGGCGGAUAUGUGCUGUGUUGAGUUUUUGUUAUAACCUUUUCUGUUUUGGGAAAUAUAUACAUAAUGGAAGGUAUUCUGCAGCUUUCAAUUUUCUA